AACAAAAAAUUGAUAUGCAAUCGUUUAAACAAGUAAAGGACUCUCAGUGAACCUCCAUAUAACCUCUCUUGAGUAGCUUUGUGUUUAUACUUGUGUUUGAGUGAGUUGAUUCUUAUUAAUAUUGUUAUUAUUGUGAGUAAAACAGUCUGAGAGUGAUAUAUGUAAUAAUUUGAUACAGGUAGAAAUGCCUAAGUAUUAUUGUGAUUAUUGUGACACUUAUUUAACUCAUGAUUCACCGUCUGUGAGGAAGACCCACUGCCAGGGAAGAAAACAUAAGGAUAAUGUUAAAUUCUACUACCAGAAAUGGAUGGAAGAACAAGCUCAACAGCUAAUUGAUGCUACUACUGCUGCAUUUAAAGCAGGAAAAAUAGCGGUUCCAGGUAAAACUGUAGGUGUAGGUGUACCUCCUCCUGGAGUUCCACCAAUUGGCCCUAAUGGAAUUGCACCAAGACCUCCACCACCAGGACCUGGACCAAUGAUGGGACCCCCUGGAAUGCCUCCCGGUAUGGGUCCAAUGAUGAUGGGACCCCAUGGACCAAUGCCGCCGAUGAUGGGAAUGCGACCUGGACCUCCUAUGAUGGGCCCUAUGGUUCCAAUGGGACCAGUCGGUCCUAUGGGUCCUAUGAGACCUCCUAUGAUGGCUGGUCCCGGGCCAAUGCCUACUAUGAAAAAGUAAUUAGAUCAUUUUUGUGAUAUGUUGUAUCAUUUCUUAUCCAAAGGACAAAAUGAAAGUUUUUUAAUUACUGUGUAAAAUAUGAGUGUUUCUGUAUUUCAUAUUUUACCAUUCACUAGUUCUUGCAAAUAAUUAUUGUUACUUUGUAAUCCUUUUAUUUAAUUCUUUUCUCAUAAGUCAUUUAAUAAACCUCCAAAUAUUGUAAACAAUAUUUAAAUGUUGUAAGCUAUAACAUUAUUACAUAUUUUAUUGUAUCAUUUAUUAGGUUAUGUGAAAGUAUGUUCCAAGUUAUAUAUAAAUC